GCAUAAGAAGCGUCUUCUUUAUUAUUAUUAGAGCAAUAGUUACUCCUUAUUUGGAUUGGGCCUAACGCCAAUCUUCGUAAAUGACAAUCUGUAAGUAUUCUUCAGUAUUACUUGAAUUACCUGUUUCUACACAUAUAAGGUUUUGACUAGGACCAGUUUACACUACAUUCUGAUAACUUGAUCCAUUGACCAGAAACUUAAAAGUCCAAGAUGUCUGCUGAUACUGUAGAGAAUUCAGAGGAAACUCAAAUGGCUGAAGAAAGUGAUAAUCCACAGACUGAAACAUCAGAUGCAAUAGGUCAAAGUUCAAACAAGGACAACGUAAACAAUAAGCAUACUGAGAACCUUACCAAUAGUUCAAGAAAUGGUCCGGCUGAGUCAAGUUCAUCACAGGGUAUUGAAGAAACUAAUUCUGUUGAUGAAAAUAAAAGUGAAAGGGAGAUCAGCAGAAGUGACCUCUUUAAACGAGGGCAGGCUCUAGAGCAAGAAGGUAAACAGGACGAGGCCUUGAAGCUGUAUCUGCAGAGUUUAACUGGCAUUCAACAGCAGACCAGUUUUCCGGAACUUCCGCUGUGCCUGCAUCACGUUUCACAGAUAUACUUCAAUAAUAAUGAGUAUGAGAAAGCAGUUCAUUUCAUUCAAGCAGAGAAAUUAUUCUAUGAAACAGCUCUUAUUGAUGCUGCAAAGCUACACUUGCAAUUAAAAAAUGCUCAAGAAGGGACAUCAAGGGAAAUGCUUGAUGUUAGUAGUGAGGCAGUGAAAGCGGAGCAAUUUGAGAACUUAGCACGUCUUUGUAAAGAAGAGGGAAACCCUCAACUUGCUCUAGACUAUUGUGGAAAAGCAACUAAAAUGUACCGACAACUUUACGGUGAAGACCAUCCAACCACCAAACAAGCUCUUGAUUUGUUUACAAUCAUUUAUGCAGAAGUUGGUAAAAAUCAGUAUGCAGAGGCAAUGGAACGCAGUCAAAGUGAAGAGGAAUCAAGUGAAAAGGUACACAAAAUUCUACCACGGCUCAGUGGUGACGCAAUCCCUGGUGGACCAAAGGGCACUCUGAAGAAGCGGUCAUCAUUUGAUAGUAAAGAAAAAUCAGAUGAAAGGAAGAAGAGGGGUUUGAAGAAAGUACGAUUUGAAGAAGAAUAUGAACCUACGCCCAUCAAAGACCAAGAUGAUGUUGUAAUGACAUUUAUGAUGAUGAUCCUUUUUGUUCUCAUCACCAUUUUCAUUGCUCUUAUUGGCUCAUAUGUUUACUGCUACGACAAGACGGCAACAUCGUCAAUGUGCGCAAGUCUGAAGAGCGACCUCAGUUACUAUUUUAUGAAAAUUCAGUAUACAUUUAAGCAUUAUUUUCAGUAGUUUAAAGGGUAAGUUAAAGGUUAUGUCCAGACUGUGAACUUUUAUUUGACAAAUGAUCUGCCCUGCACAUAUUUGGACAAUCAGUUUUGGUCACAGAAAAUUGAUAGUGUGUGCAGAGCACAUAGUGCUACAAGAUACAAUGUACCAUAGAGUGUAAAGUAAGACCUGCGCGGGGAAUAUAUCCUCCUCGCAAAAGUAAAGUUAGGCCUACAAAGCCAACCGCACAUUUCAGAAAAUAAGGGCCGAUUUCCUUGAAGAUGUUGCUGAAAAUUUGGCUUUGACCUAAUCUUAUAUAUUAUAUAUAAGCAAUGUAUUGAUGAUUAUGCGCACCUAUUUACCUAGCGAAUUUCCACGCAAAUUUGAGCUAAUUUUUUAGGUAGCAUCUGCGUAAUUGAAACAAGUUACAGUAUGGACAAUGUAUAUAUAAAAGCUGAAAUAACUUGCUGUAUUCCAUUUACCAUAGGCCCAGGAGCAUCCCCACUGCUGUUAAAUUAUAAUGAUACUUAAUAAUAUAUAUAGGCUUAGGGUAGUUAUAGUAGGCCUAAAAUAAUGUUAGAUGUAAUAAUGCACUAUGUAAUCAAUAAUAAAUCACUCAUACAAUAAGUAUGGAUUAAGAUGGGGCAUGUCAACUGAAUUUUACUAGGUUUUAUGCCUAACCCAGGCUAGUUUUAUAGCCAGGGCCCCAGGAAAAAAUCUGCGCAGUUUUUUCCAAAAAUUAGACUUUGACCUGUAGUUAUGAUUCUGCACACCUAUUGUUCCUAGCAAAUAUGAGUUAUUUUUGAGGUACCAUGCAUUUGAAGUACUUUACAGUAUGGCCAGGGCCCAGGCCUAGCUUUACCUACCUCACUCGGAUGUGAUUUGCUUCUUCGGCUUUCUGAGUUAAAAUGUCAGUAAUUCCAGUAAGGUAGAUAAAGUGAACAUAUUAUUAUUUUUAUUGCAGUUUUUAUUAAUAUUACUGUUUUAAUACUUAUUGUUUUAUAGUUAUUUUUAGUAUCAAGAUUAUUUACGUGCGAUUUGCGUAUAUGUGUAUCUUUAAUCAAUUAAUAAACAAUUGUGUGAAAUGUGUUUUAAAUUUAAGCUUUUAAAUAUACGUGUAUGCAUUGCAAAAUUAGUUUGGAUUCUAUCAAAUUAACAUGCUUUAUGAGAUUGUUGUGUUUAAAGAAAUAUAUAUUUGUUAAAUAAUAAAAAUGAGUUAAUCAAUUUGUAACGAUUUAGAGAAUAUCUAUGUUCAUUUCAAGACCAUAGCACAGUAGUACAGUAUUACCAUAAGUAAUAUGUGCUAUAAAAGUAAAUGUUGCAGAUAUAUAGAGUGCCAAAGCUUUUUUACGGUAGUUUGUUUUUAAUUGUGCAGUUUUUAAACGUGUUUGUUAACUUAAUAAAUUAUACUGAUACUUAUUCAAGAAUUUGGUACAAGAUUGUAUACAGAUAUACACAUGAUUAUGUAGUGCAUAUUUUGAUUGGUUAAUUUUAAUUAAUCCUGUUUUUAAUACAUUCAUCUAUUAAUGAUGUCAUCGCUGAGUCAUGUACACAAAUGUAAUAGCCCACUGAUUAACAAGUAUUGCGUUGUCUUGGCCAACAAAAUUGAUGGCGUCAUUAAGAUGUCCACAUUUUAUGAUUUAGCAACAUAUAGGAAAGUUCAUAGUUGAUGUAGUAUAGUAGUUUGUCCAGUCAGAUGACCUUCUACUUGAUCGCGCAUCAACAUUUUCGGCGACAUUUGUGUAAUAUGUCGUUUUUUUCCACUUGUGAUAUAAAUUGACCACAAUUUCACAUAGCAUAACAAAAGUAUACAGUUUUGAUAAAACCUUGAAGCAGAGUAGGCCUAUCCAACAUACCGUGAGUUGGGAUUGUAUGUGUAAGAAGGUUGUCAAAGUGUGGCUUAAAUUUCAAGUUUUGAUCAGGUCAAAUUUUCUACUUUUCUACAUGUCUGCACUUAUAUCAAAUAUUACUGUAAAGAUGACCCCUGUAUCUUGUAUAGUUUUUGUGUUGCUAACAUUUUAAUGUGAAACUGUGAGCGCCAGCUUUUUGUUGGACGAACUUCAAUGUAAGGGGAUAAUUUGUUAACUUUCGAAUUUCCUUGUACAAGUGCAAUAUUUAAGAAUGAUUUUAUUGAAGUAAGAAAGAAUGCUCUGUAUUUGAAAAAACCCAUUUACAAUUUUCAUAAAAGCAUCACCUUGAUAAUGUA